UGUCUUGUAGUUUGAUGGUAAGAGUAACGUUUAAAUAUAUUUCUUGCCUAUCAUAGACUUUUCUUUUUGUUGAUCCAAUAUAAAAAAAACCCAAUAUGAUUUUAGUACUCACACUACGUAUCGCGAACGAUCCGUUCGCUUUCGCAAGUCUAUUUGAGAAAGCGAACGGAUCGGUUCUUAUUAUAUUGGAUAAAGAAAAGUCUAUGAUAAUUAUAUUUAUGGAUCCAGAUUAAAUUAUUCAUGCCUUUCAUAUGCAUAAACCUAAAGCAUAAUUAAGUGUAUUUAAUUUUUUUUUAUAUCGCCACUUGAACAAAUUGAGCCGAAUUAGACUAUCUGGUAUGGACCGUUGCGCUAAGAAAAGGACCAAUCAAAUAAUGCUGGAUCUGAAAAAAAUACAUUCAUACAUGUAAUUGACUAACAUAAGAGGUUAUGAAUUUUGUAUAAAAUGAUUUUGUGUCUAAGUAGGCCUACUAUUUUUAUGGACAUAUUGUAACACGUCUUGGCUGGCUGACUAAUUUGUUCCACGUCAUCUAUUGGUCAGUAGUCUUAAUUGAUUAAUACUCAUCAUCAGCGUACGUUACAUGGUAUCAAACUCCAAGUAUUUGGAUCCUCUUUGCUUUUCAACGGAGCACACACGCCUAAUCAACAUCGUUCGUAUCAACAUCCGGUUACAAUCGGGAAGAAGAAACGAGAAGUAAAAAUGGAAGCUCAAACAUUAAACGCGACUCCAUCGUCGAUCGAUGACAUUUUUCCACUGAAUAUUUCUCUGACAGCGUUUGUGUUUCUGUGGUUGAUGUCGUUCCUUACAAUCUGUGGUAACGUUUUUGUAAUCCUUGCGUGGAUUUUUAACGAGAAAAUUCACUCGAAAGCGGCAAAUACGUUCAUUUUGAAUUUAUCUAUCGCCGAUCUAUUUGUCGGGUUAUUUUCUCUGCCUCUUAACAACAUUUCUCUUUAUUACGGAUACUGGCCUUUCGGAUGGCUAACUUGUCAACUCUGGAGUAUAAUUGAUUACACAGCGUGCCUACAAGCAGUUUUUAUGAUUAUCAUGAUAAGCCUAGAUCGAUAUUGGUUGGUGAAGAAAGGAUUAAAGUACAAAACAUUCCAAACUAAUCGUAGGACAUUGGCUAUGACACUCACGUGUUGGGUAUUUUCUUUGACAUUUUAUUCGUUUUCUACCUUCGUGUGGCCGUUGCUUGCGCCUGAUAAUUCAACCGAUAUUUAUCACGAUGGUCAUGAAGGCUCAGACUGCGAGUUAGAAAUGUUAGGCUAUUUACCGUUUGAUAUUGUACUAAUUAGUAUCGAGUUCUAUAUACCAUUGGUAUUUUUGGUAUAUUUCAACAGUGUUGUUUACGUAAAUAUACGAGGCCGGUCCCGUAUGAAUCGAGUUUUUCCAAUUCGUAAAUCACCAAAGCCUAUUUCUACGACAAAGGUGCAGCAGAGAAACGAACUGCUCGAGGGAAGUAAUUUAAACACACCGUCUAUGAUUAGUAAUCCGUUUUUAAUAAUUACAACACACGGAGAAACAACAGUGCCCAAAAACACAGAGCGUCUUGAACAAAUUCAAGUUGAAAAAGUCUUAAUUGACAAUAAUAAUGCAAUGGAAACGUUGAUGCAAGAUCCUGUGAUCCAAUACUGUGCAACACCUAAAAAACUUGUGACGUCAUCUACAAAACCAAUUUUGGUGAGGAAUAGUGGCUCCGAACAGAGGAGUUCCCAUCGCAAGGCGUUUGUGAUGUUGACGUCACUCGUGUGCGUUUUCGUUAUAUGUUGGAUGCCCUACAAUGUUGUCCUUCUUAUGGAUAUCACAUACCAGUGCUACAACGAGAGUACAUGGGAGGCAGUUAAUAUUUUGCUCUGGUCAAACUCGUUGCUGAAUCCUUUCUUGUACGCAGCUACCAACACACAUUUCAGAGCCUAUUUCACAAGUAUCUUCUGCCGUGUAAAAUAUCAUCACAACUCUCCACCGUCGAUCCUGAUAGGCGUAUGAAGUACUGUAGACAUAAGUUAAAACAUUUGGCAAAAUAUUAUAUUGGAACGGUAGGUCUAAAGUUUCCUCAGCCAUCAAAGGUGAAAAGAACCUAAAUUCAUAUCUUAUGACGGUGCAUUUUAUUUGAAUUUCACUUAGACAAACUUCGUGAUAGACGACAUAAUUUCUGUGUUAUUUUUGCUAAAACCCUUAUUUAUCCGUAUUCUAAACUUCACGCCUUGCUCCCUCCCCCAAGGAUGAACUCCAAUACUAAAAUUCUUCAUUCCUCGUUGCAGAACAAAAAGAUAUCAAAACAGUCUAUUACCUUACCUUGUUAACUUAAUUAACUCUAUCGAUUUGUAUCUUUCUUCCCCCCCCCCAACCCCCGGGGUUUAGUGCUAGUGGUAAAUCAGCUGUUCAGUGAUUUCGUAUUUUGGUGUGAAUUUGUUAAACCUUUUUUUUUCUGUUAUUUUAAUGUAUGCAGUUUGCAAGAUUUUUUUUCAUCUGAUCUGUUUCAUGCUUUUUGAUGUUUUUGAUGUUGAGCGUAAUUCGUAAUUCUUUAAUUUAAUGGUUUUGAUGUGAUGAAUUCAUUCAAUUAUUUAACGGAAAUAAUUAUAAUAAGUUUUAUUAUAAUAAUUACUGUAGCAAUCAGUUAUAAUUAUAUAGUAAUUAUAGAAAUAACAAAUGAUUGCUAUGGUACCGGUAAUUAUUUUUAAUUUGUAGCUUUCUCUUAUUUUUUAUCUAAACAAAUUUUAUAAAAUUUAAUUAUUUAAUGUAACAUAAUUCGUAAUUAAUUUCAGCCUUGACUGCCAUCCUUUAUGCUUUUGUAAAUUUUGAAUUUGAAUAAAAAAUACCAUUAUAUAAUUAUAUGUCAUAUAGAUCAAAACUUUUAUGUUUCUUUCAGUUCACAUUUAAUAGCGAAUGGUCCGAAAUUUACCGAUUGGAAACAAUCAACCGAAUCACCUCACAAAUGAUAUAGGUCUAUAAAGCUAUGAAAUAAAUUAUAUAGACCAAUAAAAAACGUUAUAAUGUUAGUCAAGUUUAUGUAAUUAGAUUUGAUUUUUUUCUAAGAAAAAUUGGCAGGUGACGCAGUGGAAACCGUGUGAAAAUAUAAUUGAAGUCUGAAGUAGACUCCUUGCUAACAAGCAUAGACGACGAGAACAUAGGCCUAAACACUAAUGAAUAGUAAAGCCCAGUUACCAUAGAAUCGCUCACUCUAUCGGCGACAGCCGCCGACAGUUGACGGGAAGGUUGAACCUGCUUUUACUUUGCUGAUUGCGUUGCAGACGAAUCGGGGUGCCUUCCCGAUUGCGUCAGGGCAGAUAGCAAUGCAGCCUGCUUCGUGUGCAACGCAAUCGGCAGAGUUGAACCAGGUUCAACCUUCCCGACAAUUGUCGAUGAUAGGGUGAGCGAUUCUGUGGAAACCGAACUGCACAGGCCCGUCCAUACACAGGGAGGUGCGAAUUGUCAGUGACUGACUUUUGGCUGGAAUACAGGGCUGGAGCUCAUUAGGUGUCCAUGGUCUUUCAAAAAUCUAGAAUACACUUUGUUAGACCAUUCAUGCAGUAGGCCUAUAUACAGCUGCAUCCUGUGCACGCAAGUUGAGAACUUACGUCACAAGGCUCUUAUAUAGUAAAGUACAUUUUCAUAAUUUUACUAGCUUUAAUCAAGGAGGUAUUAUACCUCCUUGCUUUAAUCAUAUGUAAUUCUUUGACCCUGUCGUCACUACAAUGUCAUUGGUCGCUCAUUAUAACCAACAUUCCAAUUUAUCCAAGAUACUAAUUAUGAGAUAUUAAUGCUACGUCACGAAGAUAAUGAUUGAUAGGCCUAAUAUCAUUUCCGUGUAUCAUUGAAUCAUAGCAUACUGGUAACAUUCUAUAGUUUUACGCCUAGAGUUCACCGAUGACGAGGUAAUUGAAUUCGAUCAUAUAGGCCGGUUGAAGAAAGUCUAUAAUUUUCAAAUGGCUUAGUAGUAGGCCUACUCUGGCUUCGCCGAACACACAAAGUCUAGGCGGACACAUUGUUUUCUAUUUCAAUAAGCUCUAUGUUUUUUAAUCAAAUUAUAUCGGAUCGGACGUGUAAGUGAUUAAAACAGCAAACGAGAAUACACUUAUUAAAUAUUAUUAUGUCAUGAGAGAACUCAAGUCUUGAUAAAAGUCUAUAAGAAAUCAAACAAAAAUAUUGACUUGCUUAAAAUGGAAUUAGAUUUUUAUAUUUUAAAAAAUAAGAUCAUGUAUUUAUAUAAAUUACUGUAUUGUAUGUACGUUUAUUGAAAGAUUAUCAUUUAACUUUUUGCUCGUAGAUGCAAGUUUAGUGACCUUGUGUUGUGUUUAAAUUAUUUGACAUUUUAUAAUUCAAGUCCAUGUUUUA